CUCCGAAGACCAAGCGAAAAAGAACUCACGCAAAGCGCUUCUGUGAACAUUGUAAAUGUUUUGUUUCGAAGACUACUUGGUAUAAUCAUCGGGAUAUUUCCAGCCAUGGAUGUGAAGAGAGCAGCUCCGAUUUACGUGAGGUAUAGGUACUAUGAUGUCUUUGCCCUCACUAGCGUGUACGUUUCAAUCUGUGUGACCACCAGCGCGAAGGAGAAGAGUUUGAGUUUGAUACCACUGAUGAAUCCGGUCAAGAAUCAUUCAGCAAUGCGAGCCAGCAGACUACUAGCAACUCAGGGAUGCCUGAUGAACCAGCGGCUGACUCUGAAGAAGAUGAACCGGUAGACUCUGAAGCAGAUUUUGAUUUUAAUACAGAGAGCUCAGAUUGUAGUACUUCCGGACCUGAACUAUGGAGUGAUUCGGAUGACAGUGAACAGAAUGAUGACAGGGAUGAACAGAAUAAAAGAGAAUUUUCGCUUGUUCAGGUUGCCACCCUCUUUCUUCUCCUAUGGCAGUCUGUGUUUAAAGUUUCAAAUACUGCCCUCAAUACUCUUCUUCGCUUUUUUUCUCUCUUAAUCAGCCAAAUUGCCAGCAUACCUGAGUUAGAGAAUAGGAAAGUUAUCUCUGACAUCUUUCCU